UAUUCGUAGGUUUUCUUAUCCGAAUACCCGUCCACCUGCAUUAAUGCAGGGAACCAGUCCCUCCCCAGUGACGUCACUUCCUUAUCCGUUCUUCCUGCUGAAAUUGAACCUGUUGGUAUUCACUGAGAAGAAAGAUAUCCUUGCAAUCAUCCGAAGUGUGCGACUUUAACAGUUUGCCUGCGGCUGAUAUUAUUGAGUAGCAUCUUUAUUUAGAAUUUAAUACAUCGUUUGAAUCGUCAACUCGUCUUUUCACGUAUACCCGACCUGUCUUUGACAGUGUUGGGUACCUCCACACUUGCCAAGCAAGCCCUGUCCUGUUUCUAGUGUUUCCAUUCCUGUCAAAUCUUCGACAGAGACGGAAGAGCAACAGAACCAUAUACAGCAAUCCCCUUCAAUAAUGCCCAGGAGUCGGAGUUCAUCAAGCUCCCCCCAUGAAAGUCCGAAAAGGGGGUGGAGGAAGAUUCCUGAUACAUUUGCCCGGGUGGUUAGGGAAAUUAAGCAGGCCACUCAGGAGGGAAGGCUCUGGGGAAAUCCCCGGGACCUUAUCAACCAACUUGGGGUGGUGUCCUUGUCCCAAGAGGAGUUGCAAGAUAUUGUCUAUGGGCAAUAUCAAAUUGCUGAGAUUAAAAAGGAUCAUCGAUUUGUUAGGCAGCUCCGAUACCGAGCUGACUUAAUCUUAGAGCGGAGCUUUGUGGCUAAUAAGCUCUCGGGGAGGGGCAAGGCAAGGCCAUUGGGACAAAGAGUGGUGGAGAAUAUCUCUAGUCCCUGUGGGCGAGGACGUAGGGCAGUGACAAGUACUGUCACUAACCCUAGUCAUGAUUGCCAUAUGCCCCCUCUUGAGCUGGCACAAGAUUUUCCCCCACUCUCCUCUCACGAGGAUGAACGGGGGUUGUCUUUGCCACAGGUACAAAGUCUCCCUCUACAGCGGCCACAAGAGUGUUCCCCAUUCCCCUCUCACGAGGAUGAACGGGGGUUGUCCCAGUCCCAAUCCCCAGCAAUUCUCCCACUUUUCCCUCAGGAGAAUGAGCUAAAUCCUCCUAUAAGGAGCCUUCUAGAUCUAGAUAUCCCUGUGCCUGCCAGGUUCGCUGGGCGAUUACAGGGGAGAAGUAUCUUGGAUCUUCCGAUACAGGAGGAUCAGGCCCUGCCCAUGCCUGCCAGGUUCGCUGGGCGAUUACAGGGGAGAAGUAUAUUGGAUCUCCCGAUAGAGGAGGAUCAGGCCCUGCCUGAGGCCCUCAUUUCCCUUCCAGAAGAGCCGAUUCCGGUGCACAUUUUGGUGGAACCAAGAAACAUUCAGGCAGAUGUAACCUGGGAAGAUCAGGAAUGCCCUACGGUCAGACCAGAAGACAAGAACCGCGAGGUAAAAGUUACCACGAGAGUUUUUUACAGGUCUGAUCGAAUGCAUGGUCGACCAGAUUCCACUAAUAACCAGAAUCCCUCUGCCGGAGGAUCAGUUUGGGCUAGGCUGGGUGCUAAUAGGGCCAAUCCAAGCUCACACAGUCCUGCCCAAGAGGAAAGCAAUAAGGAGUGUAAGGUUCGCUGGAGAAAAGAUUCAAGGUGUCCGGUACGCGGAUGCUCCACAUUUGCCAGACACCUCAAGGCCCAUGUGAUGUCUAAACAUUUACCUGUGCGUUUUCGCUCAGAGGCCCUUCACGGAUGCUCCUGGUAUAGGGAACAACUUACUUCUCUCCAGGAGCUUGCUUUCAUGCUCACUGGGGAGAGGGAUGUGUACCUACUCCUGAAAUUUGUUCAGAGCCAAGGCUUCAUUGUGCCUUAUAAUUCUCAUAUUCUUGUUGAUGACAAGUAUUGGAUGGCUUCUGUCUCAAGGCAGCAGGGGUGGGCGGAGGUGGAGUAUUCACUCCAUCCGCCAAAUUCCCCGGCAGUUUUGAUGCAUUGGCGGGUUCUGGCCUGGCUUUUGCAAUUUCUGUCCCCUGCCCAGAGGACAGAGUUCCAUGAGCUUGACAGGGACCAAUCUUGUCAAAACCUUAGAAGAGGAGAGUUCAUUGUGGUAGAUGAAGUCUUCAGUGAUGAAGAUGAGCAACCAGCUUCACCUGCCAGAGAGGAGCCGGUUCUAGAGAAACCAGCUCCUCCUACAAGAGUGGAGCCGGUAAGGAAUCAACCAGCCUUUCCUGCCAGAGAGGAGCCGGUUCUUGAGAAACCAGCCCCUCCUACAAGAGAAGAGCCGGUGAGGAAUUGCAAUCAAGUCGCAGCCUUCGACAGUCACUUUCACCUGGAUAGGACUGCUAGUUGGCUGCAACGGAAUCAAGACCUUGAAGAGAUUCUUCAUGUGGAUAUCGGUGGUCCUCCGGAGUUUCCAUUGAAUGUGUCUGGGGGGGUUGCGGUGUAUUGUGACCCGGCCAGCUUCCCCUCUGAGUUAAUUCUGGACCGCAUUCCGAGAGGUUUUGGGAUAGCUAUGGGAAUUCAUCCCAAGCAAUCUCAUCAGUUCUCGGAGAGCUUGCUAGAUAACAUCAGGCAACGUCUCGGAAAUUCCAGGGUUGUAGCCAUGGGGGAGGUUGGAUUAGACUUCACAGCCCCCGAGGGUACAUGGUCUUUUCAAGAGCAUGUGCUCAUUAGAAUGUUGUCUUUGGCCCCGUCCUCUAUGCCUGUCAUACUGCAUUUGAGAGAUGGGGAGCAUGGAAAUGCAUAUCUCAAAGGAUAUGAUAUCCUUAUGAGAAAUUCCGCCCCAGUGCAAAAAGUGCAUCUCCACUGUUUUGCAGGUAGCGCCGAAGCGGUAAUUAUGUGGAACCAAAGGUUCCCAAAUUGUUACUUUGGCUUAACUGCAUUAGUAAGAAACUUUAAUACUGGGCAGCGGGAAGCACUCCAAAGGAUUCUAUGGGACCGCAUUCUUUUGGAGACUGACUCGCCAUAUUUCCGGGGAAUUCUUACCAACACCCCGAGAUAUAUCGGAGAUACUGCCCUUCUUGUAGCGGAAAUCCGAGGGUGCUCUGUGGAAGAGAUAUGUUCCCAGAGUUUGGAGAAUGGGAGAAGAUUGUAUAACCUUUAAAGAGAUCAUAAGAUUCCCCGAAUAGAUUUAAUAGUAAUCUAGUUGGGGUUGUUUGUCAGUUAAUGGUCAAAGGGGUAUCCCGAGUGGAUUUAAUAAUAAUCCAGUUGGGUUCAGUCCCUUUAAUUAAAAUUUGUCAAAAUAUCAGUUAAUCGGAUUUAUUGAUAAUCCAAGCUAGGUUCAGUCUUUUGUUAAAAUAUGCUUCCAAACCUGGAAAUAAUAAUAGUGUUUAAAGGCUAUAAUGUUAUUCCCUAGAUCCCUAAAAAUGUCCAAGCUUGGACAACACCCAUGCUAACGGCCAGGGAUUUCAUAUAACCUAAACCCUUAAUGAAACCUUCUUAUAAAGUGGGGAGGAGUGUAGUAUUCGUAGGUUUUCUUAUCCGAAUACCAGUCCACCUGCAUUAAUGCAGGGAACCAGUCCCUCCCCAGUGACGUCACUUCCUUAUCCGUUCUUCCUGCUGAAAUUGAACCUGUUGGUAUUCACUGAGAAGAAAGAUAUCCUUGCAAUCAUCCGAAGUGUGCGACUUUUACAGUUUGCCUGCGGCUGAUAUUAUUGAGUUUCAUCUUUGUUUAGGUGAGUAAUA